CUUGGACAGGAGUCAAAGCCUCCUUCUGGGAUGUCCUGGCAGACAAGAUUCCUCCUCCUAUUACGUCACUGCUUGAGCCAAGGCCUCCUUCCCAUGAUGUCAUCCCAGAGGAAGAGGCCGGCCCAUGAGGUCAUCGCUAGCAAAAGUGUCUGUGUUCUGCGAUGUCAUCACAGGGACAAAGCCUCCUUCCCAUGAGGUCAUCACAGAGGAAGAGGCCGGCCCGUGAGGUCAUCGCUGGAGGCCAUGUCCUAUGGUGUCCUCAGAGGCCUCCUUCUUGUGGUGUAAUAACAGAGAUGAGGCCUUGUUCCAUGACAUUCCUUCCUGUGGUGUCACUGCAGAGACAAUUUCACCUGGAUGAUGUCAUCUCUAACUCCAAGGCCUCUUUUGGCAUCAUCGCCAUGGGGAACAUAUUUUCUCCCUGUGUCUUUGCAGUAGAGAAGAUGCCUCUGUCCUAUGAUGUCAUCAUUACAGACAAAGCCAUCUUCCUAGGACACGUCACAGGGGAAAAUGCCUCACCAAUUGUGUCCUCACUAGACAUAAGGUCUCCUUUUCACAACAUCAGCACAGGGACCCUGCCUCCUUCCUGUGAUGCCAUCACCAGAGAAGGUGCCUUGCCCUAUGACGUCAUCAGAGGGACCGUGCCUCUUCCCGUGAUGUCAUCACCAGAGAUGACCACCCACUCUGGGACGUCUCCAGGAGGAGGCCCCUUCUGCGAUGUCGCCCAGACGCUAUGUGCUCUGAGAUGGCACAAAGAGAUGCCUCCACUGUUGCCACCAUGUUGUAGAAGGCAGGGCAGGCCCAGAGUCCAGGACCACCCCAGGGAAGAUGCCAGAGAGCAGAGAGGGGCCCUGUCCUCAGAUGUUGUCUGAAGGAGGCAUCACUCGGGAGCCGCCCAUGUGGAGGGCCUCCUCCAGAGAUGAUGGUCUGUGUAGGCGGUUGGCAGUGACACCCCUACCCCCAAUGCUGUGAUGGCAUCACCAGAGCUUCCUCCUCAGAGGCACUGCCCACUCUGGAAGGCCAUCGGUAUUGAUGGUGUCACCAGAGUUACUGCCUUGUCGCACCAUGACUUAGCUUGGUUGCUCCCUCCCCAGACUCCAGGGACGUGCCCAGCAGGAUCUCUGCCAUAGCCUCUGAGGGGAAAUGGGGGCCUUGGAUCCCACACCUGUGCCAAGACUCCUGGGAGACAGGACUUCCAGAUGGCCUUCUGCUCCCAGGAGGCCACUCUGGAUCACCAGGGUCCUAGAGUUCUGGCACUCAUAGGUGUCCCAUAGCCUGGCCUCACUUUUCUUUCUGCCAUAUCUAGAGACAAUCACCUCUGUCAACAAAGUCCUAGCCUUCUACUGGGGGGAGGUGCUUGGGGUACACCUACUCUUGCCCUCACUGACACUGUCAGCAUCACACAACACCUGCCACUCAUGAUGGCACUGCACCCGGGGUCAAGUGUUACCCAUGUCUGAGGAUGGAAUCCUUCCCCAGGAUUCCCUAUGACCCACAACUAUGGUAUCAUCUUCUUCCAGGAUUUACCAUGACUAAUGGUGUCACCAUCUCCCAAGACUCCCCAUAGCCAAUGGUGUCACCAUCCUCCAUGAUUCCUCACAACCAUGGUGUCAUCAUCUUUCGGGAGCCACCACAGCUGACGGUGUCAUCAUCUCCUAGAUUCCACCAUGACCAAUGAUGACAUUAACUUCCAGAAUCCACUAUGCCUGACAGAGACAUCCUCUACUGAAAUCCACUAGGACUGAUGAUGCCACCAUUUCCCAUAAUCCCUCAUGAUUUUGGUGUCAUCACCUCCCAAGACCCAUGAUGCCCAAUAGUGUCAUCAUCAUUUGCAGGGAUCCAUGGUGUUAUCAUCUCCAGGGAUCCACUUCAACCAUGUGCCACCACCUCCCAGGAUUUCAUUCAACCAUGUGCCACUACCUCCCAGUAUCCACUUCAACUAUGGUGUUAUCACCUGCCAGGAUCCACGAGAGCCAAUGCUGUCACCACCCACUAGGAUCCACCAUAACCCUGGCGUCAUCAUCUUACAGGAUCCAUGAGGUCCAGUGCUGUCACCACCCACUAGGAUCCACCAUAACCAUGAUGUCAUCCCAGAGUCCACUGCAACCAUGUGCCAUCAUCCACCAAGAGCCAUCAUCUUAGGAGCCAAGUACCGUGAUCGGCUGUAUUUCAGUUGUCCUCUGGGGCCGCAUGGUACUUACAGUUGUUCUCUUAAGGGGAACCAGCACAACAGACCAUAUUCCCAUUUCCACAAAAAGGACAGGGGUGGGGCCAGCUGUCCCCCUCUGAUGACUUCACCCCUACUCUGGCCCUCCUUAUGUCACUGCCUCACUCCUGACCGAGGAUGAUGCCUGCAUCAAUCCCACCACAGAUGUGGCCUCAGCCAACCUCACCUUACCCCCUGGUGAGGCACCCAGGCCCCUCCUGACAGCAGUGCUGCCUCUCACCCAGCCAUCUGAUUGGUGACAGGGUCAACCCAGCAACCUCUCAUUAUCACCAGAGGGGAAGCAUUUCAACCCUCAGGUGACGCCACUGCCCCCUGCCCAAUCCCUGUCACUUGGGCCCCUACCAGGAUCAGCACUCUGCUGGCCCCAGCCAAAUUCUCCUCAGAGAUCCCUGACCCCCGCGGGAUGGGUCAAAGCUGGUGACCGACCUGGGGCCUUCAGUGCUGUUUUCUGCUGGCCCCAUCCUGCAGCAGGGACACUGGAGAGCAAUGGUCCCUGCCAGCACAUCUGCGGGGGCCAGGGGUGCUCCUUCACCUCCCUCCCUAACACCCUAACACCCAGGGAGCCUCCGGGGGUGGAAGGAAGUCCCCAGCACCCAAUGCACAAUCUUCCCUCAAUUCUCUUUGUACAUAGCCAUGUUGCGGGGGCGGCCAUUCCCCCACUCUUAAAGGGCUACACGCCCCUCCCCCAGCCCCUAGGGCGAGGUGGGGGGGCCUCUUCUUCCUCCCCUGGGCCGUCCCCCUCCCUCUUAUGUCUCCCCGCAAACACUGGCACCUCACACUCCUUGUCAGGAGCUUGGGGCAGACAACUGGCCCUUGGUUCCCACCACACUGAGGAAACAGGGGGGUUACCCAAAUCUACCUGGGCCCUGGUGCCAGUUUUUCAACCCCACGGCUUCUAGCUGCUCUGAGGGGCUCCUCCCAUCCCUUCCAGGGCCUCCCCAGCCCCACACCGCUCAGGCCGACUGUGACUUCCCCAGAAAGGAGCCAGCUUGAGCACCCGCCCCCUCCCAGCCCCGUCCCCUCUGCUCAACACCUCCGCGGAACACUCAGCUUUCUCCAGCUGCCGGGAUUUGGGGGUCUGGGCCUUUCAGCUUUUGUAUCCCCCCUCCACUAGCUCUAGCCCAGCCUGGAUUCCAGGGAUCCCACCCCCAGCCCUGUCCCCAUUCAGUCGGCACAGGCUGCCUGACCCUGGGGCCUUGAUUUGAUCUCAAAUAAGCCAUAGAGGGGAGAGGUCUUGAGGGUGGGAGCAGGUGUGUACUGACAAUUCCCUCCACAUGCCUUGAACUGGGACCUUGUCAUCUGAGACUUCCCCAUGCCCCAACAAAUGCAAAUGCACACAAACCCAUGCAUACACAAGCACACACACACACAGGCAUCUCCCCUUCUGGUUGGGGGAGCAUGGGAGGGGGCAGUUCACAGGGAGAAGAUAAAUAGUUCCACACCUGAAGACCCUCCAACAGCUUCUGCCUCCCUCCUCAUCCCUUCCUCUCUCCACUCCCCUCUCCAACACUGGCCCCUUCCCCUAAUUAAUUCCCUGGUGAGGACAGCCAGAGGAGCUGCGACUUGGUAUUUUUUGGAAUAAAUAGACAUUUUCCUGAU